AGGCCCAACCCUUCCAUGCACGCACCCAAUCUGCAGUGACUCCCUCUUCGGUUGACGAAACUCAUUUUUCUCCCCAUUAAAACAAAACCCUUCCCUUCACUUCUUCGCCUUUUGCUUUCCUUUCCCAUUUCUUUAAUUUCUUCAUUCUUUGUUCUGCUUUUUCGUUCUUCGCCUUAAUCGCCCAAAAGGGUAAUUCCCAUUCUUCCUUUUUCAAAACCCCAUUGCGGUUGUUUUGCGUCUCUUCCCCUUUUCGAGUUUUUUUUUUUUUUUUUUUCGUUCUUUCUUUCUUGGGUUUCUCUGAAAAUCAUUUUCGUUCGACGGUUUGAGGGGUUGCUUAUCAUUGGACCUGUGGCGACAUUGAGAAUCUGAGAUGCUAUUUUUCUCGUUAGAAACCUGGUUCUUGGCCUGAAUUUCGUUCCUUAUCAUGCGUUUUUCGGAUUUUUCACGGAUGACCCCCACUUUGCGGUCCUGGGUCCUUUGAUUUGCGAUUUCCUCAUCGGCAUUGUAAUCUGGGUCGCUGUAUUUUCUGUGCUUUUCAUCAGCUCUGUUUUCGAUUUCUCUGUUUUAUUACAGAGCAUGGGUUGUGUUCUGGGAAAGUGCUGUACUUGCAAUCGCUACACGGCGUCUUCUGAAAGCGAUAUGGCCCAAUUUUGUGAUGCCUCGCCGUGUGGUUCACGGGGGAAACAUAUACUAACGGGAAGGUCAUUGGAGUGUGUUCGUGUGCCUUCUCACAACUACUAUAUGGAGUACUCGCUCCUGACCCAGCGCGGCUACUACCCUGAUUCCCCUGAUAAAGGAAACCAAGAUAGCGUCUGUGUUAGUACGAAAAUUCGAGGUAACCCAAAUAUCCAUUUCUUCGGUGUUUUUGAUGGGCAUGGUCAAUACGGAUCGGAGUGUUCGAAUUUCGUUAAGGAAAGGGUCGUGCAAAUACUAUGUAAAGAUUCAGCGUUGUCGCAAGAUCCCGUUAGAGCUUAUAAUGCGGCCUUUUUUACCACGAAUGAUGAGUUGCAUAAGAGCAAGAUCGAUGAUUCCUUGAGUGGCACAACUGCUAUUACUGUUCUUGUUGUUGGGAAUAUGCUUUACGUUGCGAAUGUGGGUGAUUCGAGGGCAGUGAUAGCUGUUAAAGAUGGGAAUCGAAUUAUUGCUAAGGACAUGUCCAAUGAUCAAACACCUUUUAGGAAGGAUGAAUGCGAGAGAGUAAAGCUGGCCGGGGCUACUGUGAUGACAAUUGAUCAAAUUGAAGGGCAUAAGGAUCCGGGUAUUCAGAUAUGGGGUGAUGAGGAGAGCCAGGGAAAUGAUCCACCUCGGCUGUGGUUGCCUAAUAGCUUCUAUCCUGGUACUGCAUUCACUCGGAGUGUUGGAGAUAGUACAGCCGAGAAGAUUGGUGUCACUGCUGUCCCUGAGAUUUCAGUACUUCAGCUCACUCAAAACCAUCUUUUCUUCGUUGUUGCAAGCGAUGGAGUGUUCGAGUUCCUUACGAGUCAAGCAAUUGUCGAUAUGGCUGCGAGGUACACCGACCCACGAGAUGCUUGCGCUGCCAUUGCUGGAGAGUCAUACAAGCUAUGGUUGAGGCAUGAAAACCGGACAGAUGAUAUAACAAUCAUCAUCGUUCACAUCAAAGGCAUCUCUGAUGCAGAUGCUGUUGCAACUGCUGGGCUGAACGGGGUCCAUUCAAGGCAUAGAAUUAUCGAGCGGGGAACCUCCGAGAGAUCAGCCUUUGCUGGAAGUUCGGAGGCCUUUCGAUCCAUCAGAAGUGAUUUCUCAGAUGCGUCAAUCUCCCAGCAUCAUGUGGGUUUGAUGCACAGAAGCACAGCAAUUGUAGUUCCAUCUCCUUCUCAGCACCGACCAUUGGAAGUGGAAGUGGGCUAAGGGUAUGUCAUGUCAUCCCCUUGCUGCCGAAAAAGUUGCUCGUUUCAUCGGUCACGAAAAUCCUUGUAACCACAAGAGUACGUAUGUCCAAGGAAGAACAAUAUGUUGCCUGCUCCUCUAUCCUAUCUUAGAGUUGCUUCGAGUUGAUUGAAUCAUAUUAUGGUAUACACAGAAAUGGCGACCCAACCGACGUGUGAGAGAAAUCAAUGACGUUUCCCAUUGAACGGAAUUCAGAGAGGAAAAUUGACAUAAAAAUAUACAUUCACGUCCCGAAAAUAAUAUAUUUUUUUUCACUAAUUAGGAAUGUAUUAUUUUAAGUAUUUAGACGCAUAUAAUGGUACUGUAAAAUAAUAUUCUUUCAUCAAAUAAAAAUAUUCACAAAAUUUAUUA